GCAACGGUCAAGGGUGCAUUUGAUGCCCUGAACUAUAACCAGUGGCUUCACCUGGCCUGCCACGGAAUGCCUAAUCGACAGCAACCAUUGAAAUCUUCCUUUGCAAUGCAUGAUGGGCCGUUGAUGAUCAAGGACAUCAUCCGAUCCAACUGGCACAAUCCGCAGUUCGCAUUCUUAUCAGCUUGCCACACUACCGUGGGCAAUGAGGAGAGUCCCGAUGAGUCGAUCCAUCUCGCCGCAGCAAUGCAAUUCUCUGGAUUUCGUAGUGUGAUCGGUUCCAUGUGGUCUGUCGACGAUGAGGUCGCACAGGGGGUUGUGUCUGGUUUUUAUGAGAACCUGAUCGAUGAUUCAGGGAGAUUGGACUGCACGCACGCUGCAAUGGCAUUGCACAAGGCUUUGAAGAAAUUGCGGCGCAGUGAUAUUCCACUGGAACAGCAGAUUGUAUUUGUUCACAUCGGUGUGUAG